UGCACUUGUUUUUGUUUUCGAUGCAAGCAAUUCGCAAAAAUCAAAAUAAUACAGAAAUAGUUAAUUUAAGUGCAAAAUAGAAGGGAAAAAAUGUCUUUCCUGCGAGGCUCCGUGAGCUAUGUGUGGUGCACAACCAGCGUGCUCGGGAAAGGAGCUACGGGCUCCGUUUUCCAGGGGGUUAACAAGAUCACCGGCGAAUCGGUGGCAGUCAAGACCUUCAAUCCGUACAGUCACAUGCGUCCGGCGGAUGUGCAAAUGCGGGAGUUCGAGGCCCUCAAGAAGGUCAACCACGAGAACAUAGUGAAGUUACUGGCCAUCGAGGAGGACCAGGAGGGACGUGGCAAGGUGAUCGUGAUGGAGCUCUGCACCGGUGGCAGCCUCUUCAACAUCCUCGACGACCCGGAGAACUCGUAUGGACUGCCGGAGCACGAGUUCCUGCUGGUGCUGGAGCACCUGUGUGCCGGAAUGAAGCAUCUGCGAGACAACAAGCUGGUGCAUCGCGAUCUCAAACCAGGAAAUAUUAUGAAGUUUAUCUCAGAGGACGGGCAGACUAUCUAUAAGUUAACAGACUUUGGAGCUGCCCGUGAACUGGAGGAUAAUCAGCCCUUUGCUUCGCUGUACGGCACUGAGGAGUACCUCCAUCCAGAUCUCUACGAGCGAGCAGUGCUUAGAAAGUCCAUACAGCGUUCUUUCACUGCCAAUGUAGACCUGUGGUCGAUUGGAGUUACCCUGUAUCACGUGGCCACCGGGAAUCUGCCUUUUAGGCCCUUCGGGGGACGAAAGAACCGUGAAACCAUGCACCAGAUCACCACCAAGAAGGCUUCUGGCGUGAUUUCCGGCACUCAGCUGUCCGAGAAUGGGCCCAUUGAGUGGUCAACCACCCUGCCACCUCAUGCUCAUCUGUCGCAGGGAUUGAAAACGCUGGUGACCCCUCUCCUGGCCGGACUGCUCGAGGAGAACCGAGAGAAGACUUGGUCUUUUGAUCGGUUCUUCCAGGAGGUGACUGUUAUCCUGCGCAAGCGCGUCAUCCAUGUGUUCUACACCAAUCGCACAAGCUCCGUGGAAGUGUUCCUUGAACCCGACGAGCAGAUUGACAACUUCAGGGAGCGCAUCUUCCUGCAGACGGAGGUGCCGUUGGAGAAGCAAAUCCUGCUGUUCAACAACGAGCAUCUCGAAAAGAAGGUCACUCCGCGAACGAUAGCUAAAGCAUUCCCUGCCACCACCACGGAACAGCCAAUAUUCCUAUACAGCAACGACGACAACAACGUCCAGCUACCGCAGCAAUUGGAUCUGCCAAAGUUUCCCGUAUUUCCACCAAAUGUUUCGGUGGAGAAUGACGCCAGCCUGGCUAAGGCAGCGUGCAGUGUGGGCCACGAAUGCAAGAGACGUGUGGACAUCUUCACGUCAAUGGAUAUACUCAUCAAGAAGGGCGUGGAGCACUUCGUAGAGAUGCUAAUUACCACACUUACUCUUCUUUUAAAGAAAACUGAGAGCUUUGAAAACCUGCUUUCCACAGUAAUUGAUUAUGCAGAUGUGGUUCAGAGCAUGGCCAGAGUGACCAAAGGGGAUCAGGAACUGAAGGCCCUGCUGAGUGCUUUGGAAACCGUCAAGAGCGAUUUUGAUGGAGCCGCCGAUGUGAUCUCGCAACUGCACAAACAUUUUGUGACAGAUGAUGAACUAAACGAUCAAUGGUCAUCUUCUAUGCACGGCAAGAAAUGUCCGUGUCGGACCAGAGCCAGCGCCCAGGCCAAGUAUCUUGUGGAGCGGCUAAGAGACUCCUGGCAGCAUCUACUCCGGGAUCGCGCCACUCGCACCCUGACCUACAACGAUGAGCAGUUUCAUGCGCUGGAGAAGAUCAAGGUGGAUCACAACGGCAAGCGCAUCAAGGCGUUACUACUGGACAAUGUUAAUCCCGCUGUGGCUCAAAUUGCCGAAUGCCUGGCGGAUUGGUAUAAAUUGGCCCAGACCGUCUAUCUCAAGACGCAAAUCUUGGAGAAGGACGUGCGAGAUUGCGAGCGAAAGCUAAACGGUAUUCGCGAUGAACUGUAUCACAUCAAAUCGGAGCUAAAACUGGACGUGGACACCAAGACAAUAAACAACAAUAAUCAGCUGGCCAAGAUCGAGGAGAGGAAUCGGCUGAGGGUGAUGCAGCAGCAGCAGCAGGAGGUAAUGGCUGUAAUGAGAACCAACAGCGAGAUAAUAAGUUUGCUAAGCAAACUGGGGAUUGGUAAAGGGAUCGGAAACGGAGGCCUUAAGAUGUGAUUGGAGAUUCAAGAGCUUAGCUAUUAAGUAUUUGUCUGACCUUGUAAGUCGGCAAUAAAUCUUUAUAAAACAUA